CCGGCCGUUAUUUACCUCCUGUUUUCAUUCAUCCCGAAGAUUCAUCACGACUCCGGAAAAUCACUGCGGAGGGCGUUGACGAAAGAUGAGGGUCCGUAUAUUCAUGUUGAUGGGGCUAUAUUGCGUUUGGCAAAUCAAGAGGAACGAAGCGACCUCGACGACGUCGGCGUCCUCGGUCACAAAGGACGAGGGAUCGGGGACGGAAAAGGAAAGGCUUUCCGGGAGGGAGAAGGAUCACUUGUUUCCACCCCCUCUCGUCUCACCGUACGGUGGGACGCUCAAGCUCUUGAUGGGCAUCAGCGUGCCGAUCUCUCUGGCGAAAGGACGAUCGAUGAGCUUCGGCGUAAACUUCCAGUUCCAAUUCCCGAUUCCUCAAAACGCGACGUUUUUCACUCACUAUUUUGACGCUGGGAGGGGCAGGGGCGUGAGAAGAUGGAGAAGAAUGACAGCGAACGUGACGAGCCUGCCUCGACCGAGGGACCGAGCAACCGGACCGGAUGAAACAAGAGCGACGUUCUAUCGAUCGCUCGAACUGGCGAUCGAAAGAUGGGGUGGCAACGGAAGGGAGUGUCUGAUGAAAAGCAUAUGCGAAGUUGCGGAGACUCCGCUCAAGGAUCAAGGCCUCGUGGGACAGUUAUUCGAUGUUAUACUCACCCCGGAGCACCUUCCCGGAAGUGGUUUCAACACUCGGACCGACUACGACGAUUAUCUUCGAGCUUCGCUCACAGGAAUGAAUGGGAGCGAUUGUUCCCUUAAUUAUCCCGCGUGUCCUGAGGGAUUUGGAUUAUUGGACAGAGUCUCGACCCUCGACUAUAUAUGA